GCUCAACCUUGUCUUCCUGCCUCUCGACCACGCCUAGCCUUUCUCUUCCCCUUCAACUAGACUUCGCCCAGGCCGAGGAGGCGGGAGCACUAUCAAGCUAAUCUGAUCAGACCGUUGCGAGUGGCUUGGCUAGGUCGAGGAAGAGAAUAGGUGGCCCAAGAUGAAGUUCAUGAUCGAUGACCUGCCGAUUCUAUUCCCAUACCCGAAGAUCUACCCGGAGCAAUAUGCCUACAUGACCGACCUCAAGCGCACGCUCGAUGCCAACGGCCACUGCGUCCUCGAGAUGCCGUCGGGCACGGGCAAGACGGUGUCGCUGCUCAGCCUCAUUGUCGCCUAUCAAAAGUUCUACCCCGCCGCGCGCAAGCUCAUCUACUGCUCCCGGACGGUGCCCGAGAUCGAAAAGGCGCUGGCAGAACUCAAGCGGCUGAUGGAGUACCGAGCUCGGUACAACGACCCAGGGUCAAACCCUCCGUGCCAACGGGACACGCCACUUCCCAAGGGGCAGGGGGAGCAGGAGGAGAUGCUGGCACUGGGACUGAGCAGCCGGAAGAACCUCUGCAUUCAUCCCAGCGUAGGCAAGGAGCGAAAGGGAAAGGUGGUCGAUGCGCGAUGCAGGGACAUGACGAGCGCUUGGGCUUGCGAGCGGGGGAGAAAGGAGCCCGGAAGCGUGGAGCUGUGCGACUUUCAUGAGGAAUUGGGCAAGAUGGAGCCUGGGAGUCUUCUUCCUCAGGGUGUCUGGACCCUCGAGGAGGUCAGGGAGUACGGCAAAGACAAGGGCGUCUGUCCCUAUUUCGCCAUUCGGCGCAUGAUGCCCUUUGUCGACAUUAUCAUCUACUCGUUCCACUAUCUGCUCGAUCCCAAAGUCGCCGAACAAGUGUCAAAGGAGAUGAGCAAGGAUGCCAUCGUCGUCUUUGACGAAGCCCACAACAUCGACAAUGUCUGCAUCGAGUCGCUCAGCAUCGAUCUGACGCGACCGAUGCUCGAUAGCGCCUACCGAAGCAUCAACCAGCUGUCCGACAGGGUCGAGGAGGUCAAGCGCACCGAUGCUUCCAAGCUGCAGGACGAGUACGCGAGGCUUGUUGAAGGCUUGCAGGAGCAGGCCGACGAUCGCGAGGCAGAGACAUUCAUGACAAAUCCCGUCCUGCCUGAAGACCUGCUUCAGGAGGCUGUGCCAGGCAACAUCCGCCGAGCUGAGCACUUUGUCGCCUUCCUCAAGCGCUUCGUAGAGUAUCUAAAGACAAGAAUGAGGGUCCUGCACGUCGUGGCCGAGACUCCGCCGAGCUUCCUGCAGCACCUCAAGGACAUCACCUACAUCGAGCGCAAACCCCUGCGGUUCUGCGCUGAAAGGCUCAGAAUGCUCGUCUCGACACUCGAACUGACGCGGCUGGACGAGUACUCGAGCCUGCAAAAAGUGGCUGCCUUUGCCACGCUCGUUGCCACAUACGAAAAAGGCUUCCUCUUGAUCCUCGAGCCAUUUGAGACCGAACACGCUACGGUGCCCAAUCCCAUCUUCCACUUUACCUGCCUCGAUGCCAGCUUGGCCAUCGCGCCCGUCUUUGAGCGCUUCUCGUCGGUCAUCAUCACCUCGGGAACGAUCUCACCCCUCGACAUGUACCCCAAGAUGCUCAAGUUUGAGACCGUCGUCCAGGACUCCUACCCCAUGACGCUCACCCGACAAUGUUUCUUGCCCCUCGUCAUUACGAGAGGCUCUGACCAAGUCGCCAUCUCGUCGCGCUUCGAAGUCCGAAACGACCCGGCCGUCGUGCGCAAUUAUGGCUCCAUCUUGACCGAAUACGCCAAGGUGGUGCCCGAUGGCAUCGUCGCCUUCUUCCCUUCGUAUCUUUACAUGGAGAGCAUCGUCGCCGCAUGGCACGACAUGGGCAUCCUCGACGAGGUGUGGCGCUACAAGCUCGUCUUCAUCGAAACGCCCGACGCACCCGAGACAUCGAUUGCGUUGGAGAACUACCGCCGAGCGUGCGACAAUGGUCGGGGCGCGAUCCUGCUCAGCGUCGCGCGUGGCAAAGUGUCGGAGGGAAUCGACUUUGACCACAACUACGGUCGGGCCGUCAUCAUGUUUGGUGUGCCGUACCAGUACACGGAGUCGAGGAUCCUCAAGGCCCGAUUGGAGUUCCUGAGAGACAACUUCAGGAUCAAGGAGGCUGCUUUCUUGACCUUCGACGCCAUGCGACAUGCAGCGCAAUGCGUGGGGCGGGUCUUGCGCGGAAAGACCGACUAUGGGCUCAUGGUCUUUGCCGACAAGCGAUUCGCAAGGGCGGACAAGCGCGACAAGCUGCCGCGGUGGAUUGCGGCGCAGAUUGACGAGUCGCACGCCAACCUGAGCAGCGACAUGGCGCUCGUCGAGAGUGUCCGUUUUCUUAAGCAAAUGGCCCAGGACAUGCCGACUGUGGGCAAAAACGGUGUCAGCCUGUGGGACGUGCACGACAUUGAGAUGCGGCAGGAAAAGGAACGGAGGCACUUUGAGCGCCUCCUUGAACAGCAGCAAAAGGGCAAAUUGACGACACUCGAUGAAGACAACAUCGACGAGAUGGACCUGGAUCUCGACGGAGCUGGCGGCGACGAAUUCGAUGACGAAUUCGGGACCGGAGAGGAGCUCCAGGCGUUGCAAGACGAACCUUUGACGAGGAGGAAGUCAUGGAGGAGUGAUCUUCAGACAGACGACGAAGGCUGUUGAGGGGUUUUUAUGGGUUUUAUUUCGGGUUGUUCGCAUCUAUCGCUGGGGGAGAAGGGAGGGGGAAAUUUGUAGAGUACUUUUCGCAUCUCGUCGCCGUCUUUGCCCACU